AUGUCAGAAAACUACAACAUUACUAUGGGAUGCUCCAGAGAGCGAAGAAUCGCAGUCGUUGGCAAAUCUACUGUUGGAAAGAGCUCCUUAGUCCGACAGUACAUCGACCACGAGUUUAUUGACAGGCACAUUCCAACCGCCGAUCGCGAGUGGGUCAAGGAAGACAGCUUCUUGCAGUCGGACUUCCGGCUUGAAGUGCACGACUCCUCCGGCAUGGACGAAAGCACUCACAUUCCCCCCUCCUGGGUCGGCUCCGUCGACGCCUUCGUCAUCAUGUACGCCAUCAACGAUCGAGAGAGCUUCGAAAUCGCCUGCCACAUCCGCCGCAAACUCGCCGAGGCCAUGGGCCAAUGCGACGAAAGCUGCUCCAUCCCCAUCACCUUAAUCGGCAACAAGCGCGACAAAAAGAGCGAACGACAAAUUUCAAAAGCAGAAGUCCUAAAUCACAUCAAGGAUUGGAAAAACACCAAGUUCGCCGAGAUCACCUGCACCUCCCUUUACGAAGUCGAGACAAUCUUCGCCGAGCUGAUCGAAAUCCACGAGCGCAAGUACGGGCUGUACACGCCUCAGUUCACCUUCUGGCAAAAAGUUCACAACUACUUCAAAAAGCCGGAUAUGCAGAUUCACCUCAACAGCGUCCACUGA